AUGCCCCCCAGCUUCUGCAUGGCGCUUGUGUGGCAUGUAGGAGAUGAAAUUAUUUUUUCGGGCUCUCCAACUGAGUCUGGGCUUUCUUCUGUGAGUUGGACUCCUUUUGCAGAUCGGAUUCUCAAUUGGUGUAGGCUUCUGACUGUUGUUGGAGUUGGAUUCCCAGUAGGAAAGAGCUUGAGAUUCCUUCUUGACCCGGGUUGUCCAACUUGUAUAAAUACAGGGCUUCUCUUCACUCUUUCUUACAUCGCAAACUUAACUUCUCUACUUUCUAGCUUGAGAAAGAUCUUGGAGAAUUUUGUACUGCUUGUCGAAGAGAGGAGUUGCCGUGCAUCCCAAAGUAAGUCGAGCACGUAA